AACUGACACUCCAGGUCCCCAGCGAGCACCGACGAAGUCUAUAGAAAGCAACAGCGUCAAUGAUCUACCCUGAGAACUAAUAUUAGCAUUUUUUCUUCUCUACACAGGAUUAACUUGCUUGCUAGAUAGGCCGUCCUGGAAAUCCUGACAACCGUCGUGUUGGCUGUACCCGGGCGUAGAGGUUCUAUCUUGAGAAAUUGAGAGAGGAAGGAAAUGUUCAACUGUGAUCCUUAUCGUAAAGGUAGGUAGAUGAGAAAAAGAGAAAGAAAGUCUAUAUAAAGAGAUGAUAGAACUGCUCUUGGUUUCUUCUUCAUCAUCAUUCAAUCAGACACCAUCUUCACGAAGCCUUUUCCUUGUUAACCUCCCAAUCAAAUUUCAUACAUCUAUCAACAUGCGUUUCUCUACAUCAAUUCUCCUUGCCAUCUUCUCUAUCGCCAGCCUCGCGGCUGCAGACCCCCAGAACCUCAACAAUGGCCUCGCCGAGCGCGAUUCCGGCUUCGCUGAUGCCAUCGAAGCACGGGAGCCCAUGGAAGAGGUCUCCGAUCUCAUGACUCGAAACUUGGGCAAACCCGGCCGUCUCUGCCCUGGAGAGAAAGCCACGGGAACGGAUGAACACGGCUUCGCGUGCGUUCUCGGACCACACAAGACAUGCAAAUCAGCCAGCCAGAAAUGUGCAAGCGGCGCGUUCAAAGCCAUGGCUGAAAAAGCCUUAGCUGCGGUGAAGAAAGGGGCGCCAGCGCCAAAGAAGGCACCAAAUCAUAGCAGAGAUUUUUCAAACCCUCUGUUGAAGAGGGACAUGUGUACGCUCUAUGCGUGCGAAGAACAAUGGGAAUGCCCCCGGGGAUGUACCGACUGCUUCGGAGAUCGAUGCCUUAACAUCAAUGCACCUUAAUAUAGAUGCAUCGAUGUUAUCUGAGAUGGCGUGUAAAGGUAGCUAAAGGUGUUUGUAUGGAAGAUAUUGUACAGGUUUUGUUUUUGUAAAGGGUGCAAGGCGUUGGUGGAGCUAUUGGCGUUGGGAACAGGUCGUCUGUUAUUGAUCUUCGAGUUCAUCUCUGUCCAAUCCAGU